AUGGCCGCCAAGGUUAUUGCCGUGGACAAGAACUGGGAGUUCAGACAGGCCGACAAGGAAGACGACAAGUUCCUGCCUGUCGCCCAGUUUCCCACAAAUGUCCACCUCGACCUCAUGCACCAUGGCCUCAUCCCAGACCCUUACAUCGGCAAGAACGAGCUCGACGUGCAGUGGGUAGGGGAGAAGAAAUGGGUCUACAGGACCUCCUUCAAGGCACCAGUAGUUGACAAGGGCAGCAAGGCCGUGCUGGCCUUCGAUGGCUUGGACACCUUCGCCACGGUUGUGCUCAACGGCUCCACCAUCCUUGAGUCGGACAACAUGUUCACCCCUGAGCGGGUCGAUGUCACCUCCACGAUCCUGGAGGGGGACAACAAGCUGGUCAUCACCUUUGACAGUGCCUACCUGAGGGGCUGGAAAGAGGUCGAGAAGCACCCAGACCACAAGUGGGGCUGCUGGAACGGUGACAACUCGAGGCUCGCCGUGCGCAAGGCGCAGUAUGAGUUCGGCUGGGACUGGGGCCCGGUUCUCAACACCUGUGGGCCCUGGAGACCAAUCAAUCUCGAGAUCUACGAGUCCCGCGUCGCCGACCUGUACUUCGACACCACUGUCGAGAAGGACCUCAAGACCGCAACCGUUGUCGCCCGUGCCCAAGUCGAGGGCCCCGCCAACAAGAUCCGCUUCGACGUGUCCCUGGACGGCAACAGUGUGGCAUCCGAGACCAUCAAAGGAGGCGCCGACCUCCAGGCAACCUUCCACAUCAGCAGCCCUUCACUGUGGUACCCUGUCCGCUAUGGCAAGCAGCCCCUCUACACAGUCAAGGCCACGCUACUUAGCGAUGGCGACGACGAGAUCGACAGCGUCACAAAAAGAAUUGGCUUGCGCCGGGCCGAGCUGAUCCAGCGGGCCCUGGAGGAACAGCCAGGGACCUCCUUCUUCUUCCAGGUCAACAACAUCCCCAUUUACUGCGGUGGCAGCGACUGGAUCCCUGCCGACAACUUCUUGCCGCGCAUUUCCCGUCAACGCUACUAUGACUGGGUCAAGCUCGUUGCGGACGGCAAUCAGUUUAUGAUUCGCGUCUGGGGCGGUGGUAUCUACGAGGAGCAGGCGUUCUACGAUGCGUGUGACGAGUAUGGCAUCCUCGUAUGGCAGGACUUCAUGUUUGGUUGCGGAAACUACCCAGCCUACCCCGACAUCCUCAAGUCCAUCAAACGCGAGGCCGAGGAGAAUAUCAAGCUUCUACGACACCAUCCCUCCAUUGUCAUCUGGGCCGGCAACAACGAAGACUACCAGUACCAAGAAUCAGAGAACCUGACAUACGAUUACGAGAACAAGGAUGCAGAGUCCUGGCUCAAGACCGAUUUCCCCGCCCGGUACAUCUACGAGAAGAUCCUUGCAGAUGCCUGCUCCGAACUCAUCCCGAGCACGUACUACCACUUCGGCAGCCCAUGGGGCGCCGGCAAGCCCACGUCAGACCCAACAGUGGGCGACUUGCAUCAGUGGAACGUCUGGCACGGAAGCCAGGAGAAGUACCAGAACUUCGACAAGCUCGUUGGGCGCUUCGUCUCCGAGUUCGGCAUGGAGGCAUUCCCCAACCUCAAGACCAUCGACGCCUACCUCCCCAAGGGCAAGGAUGACCCGGACCGCUACCCACAAUCCAGCACUAUCGACUUCCACAACAAGGCUGACGGCCACGAGCGCCGCAUAGCCCUUUACCUGGUGGAGAACUUCCGCUAUGCGCCAGACCCGAUCGAGCAGUUCAUCUACUGCACGCAGCUCAUGCAGGCCGAGUGUCUCGCAUCCGCCUACCGGCUGUGGAAGCGCCAGUGGAAAGGCCCCGGGCGCGAAUACUGCGGCGGUGCCCUGGUCUGGCAGAUCAACGACUGCUGGCCCGUCACCUCGUGGUCCAUCGUGGACUACUACCUGCGCCCCAAGCACGCGUACUACACCGUUAAGCGUGAGAUGGCGCCACUGAGCAUCGGCAUCACUCGGCGCGAGCAUAAGCACCCCAAGGACAAGUACACCCGGGUCGACAUCGAGACCAAGACCGUGAUCGAAGUCUGGGGCAGCAACCUCACCCUCGAGGACGUCACGGUUGAUACCAUCCUGAAGGCUUGGGAUGUUGAGACCGGCAAGGAGACAUACAGCGAGACGGUCAAGAAGGACAUGGUGCUGCCGGAGAACAGGUCCACCGAGAUCCUCGCCGUAGAGGUCCCUGUGCAACACCCAGGCCAGGGCGAGGAAGCGCGUACGGUCGUCGCUGCAUACACGAUCUGCAAGAAGACGGGCAAGCAGCUUGCUAGAUACGUCAACUGGCCCGAGCCUCUCAAGUAUCUGCACCUGCAGAAGCCCAAGGAGCUCAAGGCUGUCCUGAACAAGGAUGGUACCGCUGUCGAGAUCAGCGCCGAAGUCCCGAUCAAGGGCCUAGCGGUGGAAUGCCAUGAUGAUCACGUCAAGUUUGAUGACAACCUUGUGGACAUAGUGCCGGGCGAGGUGGUUAGCAUCGGGGUCACGGGCGCUACCAAAGAUACCAUCUUUGAGACGCGGUACCUCGGCAUGGUUUAG